CCAAACAGCCUCCACCCACAGUGUUACCAAGUGAACAGUUACUAUAUAAAGAAGUGGAUGACUUUGUCCUCUGAGAUUUCACAUGGUAGGAACUACAGCUGGUGCGAUGCGCUGCGGACGCACAGACUGCAUCGAGAAGCCUCUGUCUCGCGUCUUUCAGAAGCUGGGGCGGGUGGUGGGCUCCUAUCCCGUCUGUUUUUUUGUCAUCCCUCUGAUCGUGUCGGCGUCUCUGGGAGGCGGAUUCUACUUUCUGAAAGACAGAGAGGACAACGACGUGGAACGACAGUUCACACCCAAGAAUGGACCCUCCAAGAUAUCUAGACGCUUUGUUAAAGACAACUUUCCCCAGGAGGGUUCUUCCUUCUCGGGGCAGAGACUGCACAGUGAAGGAUUCUAUUCGUCAGUCAUCAUCGUGUCUAACAGCAGGUCCAGCAUACUGACCAAAGAGGCCUUUGAUGACAUCAUCAACCUGAACAACCGAGUAAACAACAUCUCUGUACAAGUAAACCAAAAAGAGUUCAAAUACGGCAAUUUAUGUUCAAAAUCGGACAGAAAUUGCGUGCCAAAUGACAUUCUAGAAAUAAUCAACUAUGAUGCUAGCAGAAUUGAGCAGAUAAACAUUUCUUACCCGUUGCAUGUUCUAAACUCUAAACCGAUAUUCCUGGGCUCUACACUCGGUGGGGUUGAAGACACAGUGAAUGGUGUGGUGAAAAGUGCCAAGGCUGUAAAACUCAUGUACUUCUUGGAAAAUCAAGAAACAGCAGGUGUAUGGUUAAAGGAAUUCCAGAGGCUACUGUCGGGUGAACGUGGAACCAUUAAUAUCAAGGUGUCAUACUUCACAUCACAAUCAAGGCAGGAAGAGAUUGAGAAACAUACCACAGAUGGAAUUCCAUUGUUCUCCAUCACAUAUGGCCUUGCUAUCGGCUUCUCUGUGCUAUCAAACCUAAGGCUGGAUAAUGUGAGGAACAAGCUGUGGGUGGCAGCUGUCGGAGUCCUGUCUGCUGGCUUGGCAGUCCUGUCCUCGUUUGGAUUGAUGCUCUACAUCGGGAUGCCCUUUGUAAUCACGGUGGCUAACUCCCCUUUCUUGAUACUCGGAAUUGGCGUCGAUGAUAUGUUCAUCAUGGUGUCUAACUGGCAGCAGACUCAGGCCCAGGACCCUGUGGUGACCAGAAUGGGCCGCACAUACAAAGAGGCAGCCAUGUCCAUCACCAUCACCACUCUGACAGACGUGCUGGGAUUCUGCGUCGGCCUCGCGUCCGACUUUCCGUCCGUCCAAAUGUUCUGUCUGUACACCGGCACGGCGGUCUUAUUCUGCUACGUCUACAACAUCACAUUCUUCGGAGCUUUUCUGGCGCUGAAUGGACGGAGAGAGGCCAGCAACAGACACUGGCUGACUUGCAUGGAGGUUUCUGCGAGGGAGGAUAACGAAUCCUGUAGUGGGUACAGUAUGUUCUGUGUGGGAGGUGAUUAUGAUAAAGACACUGGGGCUGAGAAAGAACAACCAAUGAAUCACUUCUUUAAGAAGUACUAUGGUCCGUUGAUGACAAAGCCCUGGACCAAAGCAGUUGUGGUAUUGAUUUAUAUGGGGUAUCUGGCAGUUAGUGUUUACGGCUGCUUAACCAUACAGCAGGGCAUUGAUCUUCGUGACUUGGCAGCUGACGAUUCCUACGUCAUCACAUACUAUGAUAACGAUAGGGAAUAUUUCUCUAAUUAUGGCCCUAAUGUCAUGGUCAUAGUCACUGAACAGUUCAGUUACUGGGAUAAAAGCAAGAGGUCUGACCUUUCCUCCUGCAUGGAUGAGUUUAGAAGUCUACGCUUCAUUGAAAGGGAUCUGUACACAUCCUGGCUUGACUCUUAUGAGGCCUACGGACGACAAACCAAACUGAACCUUGAUGAUGAACACGUCUUCCUUGCAAAUCUGUCUUCGUUUCUCAACGCGUUCCCCGACUUUAAGCAGGACGUCAACGUCACGGACGGUUUGGUCCGAGCGUCACGCUUCUUCAUCCAGACGCGUGACAUUGCCAACGCCAGCAUGGAAAUCGAAAUGUUCAACAGUCUAAAAGACGCGGUGAAGAGAUGCACCAUGGUUCCUUUAAUGGCCUAUCAUCUUGCUUUCAUCUAUUAUGACCAGUAUGAGGUCAUCGUGAGCGGCACUCUGCAGAACAUUGGGGUCACCACGGCGAUAAUGAUGGUCGUCUCUCUCCUGCUCAUUCCGAACCCUCUGUGUUCUCUCUGGGUGACGUUCUCCAUUGCCUCGGUCAUAGUGGGCGUGGCCGGUUUCAUGGCUCUCUGGGAUGUCAAGCUUGACUCGAUAUCCAUGAUCAUCCUGGUGGUCUGCAUAGGGUUCACCGUGGACUUCUCUGCUCACAUCUGUUACAGCUUCGUCUCCAGCACGAAACAGAGUGUGGACGAGAGAGUUGUUGACGCCCUCUUCACCCUAGGAUAUCCCAUAAUACAAGGAGCCGUGUCCACCAUUUUGGGAGUGGUGGUCUUGGCCGGGUCUAAGAAUCAUAUUUUCCGAACGUUUUUUAAGAUUAUGUUGUUGGUCAUGGUGUUUGGGUUGGUUCAUGGUUUGACUUUUAUCCCUGUGUUUCUGGGAUUGGCCUCCUGCUCACAUGACAACAAGAGUGCUCAGACACAGAAAGGCAAUGGCUGGAUAUUGCAAUAUAGCAAUAAGGUAAAUGAAAUCAAAGCGCAUAGCAAGAAUGUCAGCUAUGACAACAAAGCCUUUGCAACAAAUCAUAUUUGCUACCCGCAAAGCAUCAUUAGUACACAGCACACACACGUUUGUGUAACACAAACCAAUCAAAGUAAAACACUUUCAACCAGCAACUGGGGUACAGAUCCUGAUUGCCCAUGACAGCAGCAAAAUAAUUUUAAUAUAUUUCUGUGGCGGGCAGUAGAUUUUCAAAACCAUUAGCUGUUUGCUGUUUGUAUUGUGUCUAUGACAACCGUUCUCAUGACUAGCUGCCAUAAUUCUGUGAAGAAAGGUGAUUGAUGAUAACCACAUAACAUCAGUACUGUAUAAUCUGAUUUGCCAUAUACUAUUUAUGUGAUGUGCACACUAUCUAU